GUUCACCUCUCACAGCUAGAAAGUCUCUUGGAUUAGAAGACCUACAGUUGGAUCUAACAAACCCUUGGGAAGAGAAUAAGCAAUCCCAGCUACAAGAUGAUGCUGGACUCAGUAAGCCAUAAUACUUUCCUGCCAAAUCCAGUGCUAUGUGAAUCCCUGACGUCUUGGUCAGAACUCUUUGGACCAACUGAAGAAAACUACUUCCCAAUUGAUCACCAGACAGGCUGUGAUUCUUCCUGGACAUCCACCUACCCAGAGUACUGGACAAAACACAAUGUCUGUGAAUGGCUGCAGUUUUGCUGUGAUCAAUACAAGCUGGAUGCCAACUGCAUUUCUUUUUCCCACUUUAACAUAAAUGGCCAACAACUGUGCAGCAUGACUCAGGAGGAGUUUUUAAAUGCAGCUGGCAUUUGUGGUGAAUAUCUGUAUUUUAUCCUGCAGAACAUCAAGUCACAUGGCAUCUCCUUCUUUCAUGAUAAUGAAGAAACAAAGCCAUCUGACAAAUUUUAUGAUGAUAAGGCAUGUGUGAGAACUGGUGGUGUCACAACUCAAGAAUUUCAGAGUCACAGUAGAACAAGCCUACAGAGCUCUCACUUAUGGGAAUUUGUAAGAGACCUACUCCUAUCUCCUGAGGAGAACUGUGGCAUCCUUGAAUGGGAAGACAGAGACAAAGGCAUCUUUCGAGUUGUUAAAUCAGAUGCUCUGGCAAAGAUGUGGGGACAGAGAAAGAAAAACGAUAGAAUGACGUAUGAAAAGCUAAGCAGAGCACUUCGGUACUAUUAUAAAACUGGGAUUUUGGAACGAGUGGACAGGAGGUUAGUUUACAAAUUUGGAAAAAAUGCACAUGGCUGGCAAGACAGCAAGCUAUGAAAACAACCGUGCUUCAGACUGACAUUAUCCCCAAAGCAACAUGAAGUCUUCACAGUAAAGGGAAGGUCACUGCAACCCUUCCACAGAAUAUGAGGCCAUCUAUUCCAAACAACAGGAUAAAGUAACAGUGACAGACUUCCUGAACUGGGAAAGUUCUCUGUCAGCCAUUGUUUUGGACCAGCAUCAUCAACUGCAUAGCAUUUAACCUGCUCCGUAAACCUCUCCAAGUUCCAUAUUAUCUCUGUCGCAGUCCUCUGGCAAGAAGAGUGGCAGUUUUCCAUUUGGAAAAGCAAGUUUUUGAUUACCAGAACCAUGCACAUUGUACCCUUUGGAAUAAAUUUUUAUCACCUGUAUUAUAUUACAGGUAUAGCAUAGCAUUUUCCUGUAAACAAUACUGGAAGGACUGUGAAUUAUCUUCAGAAUCCCUUUUCACAUUUCCAAAUGUAUGUUUUCUUAUCUGCUCUAUCAUGGCAGGUUAAAAGUCAUUCACACUUGGAGUACCAACUGUUUUCCCACAGUUAUGCUGGUGAAACAUCAGUUUUUCCAACAGUGUGUUUAUGCAAAGGAUGGAUAUGGCAACACAGACAAGUAUGCUCCAAGGCACACAGCCAAUCAGGGCUACCCUAUACAUGUCUCCAAUUAUUUAGCAUUCCCAGUUACCCUUCAUACUUUUCACACUUGAUGAUGGAGAAAAUAAAAUAACAUUGAUUUAGCUGCAGCAAUCACAGCUGGCUCACGAUCAGCCCUUUUAAUCAAUUAACAUUUUCAUAUUUUCAUGCACCCCAAUUAUUAUAUUCCCUCUGUUAGUGCACAUUUCCAAGUAUAAGCACGAAAACUUUCCAUUAAGCUUCAGAGGUAAAUAUGAAUGGACAAGUAUUUCAGUUCAGACCCUUCAUUUAAAAAAUAAUAAUAAUCAACUCUCUCUUUUAAGGGACUGUUCUUUUCACUAUAUGCACUUUAGUGCAAGUCUUUGUUACUUGUUUGUAUUGUGUUGGUUGAAUAUAAUAAGACAGAUGGCAUUAAAUCCUGCAUUCAGUGUAAUGGGGGGGGGGAGUAUAUUACAUAUUUCUUUGAGCCUAGGAAAGGUGGUAUAUAAAUAUUUUAAAUAAAUUAAGUGAACAAUAAAGUAAGGGUUUAUUUUGCACAUGCACAUAUGCAAGUUAGAACUUAUGCCAAAAGUUUUUAUAAAAGCAUAAUGUUG